AUAAUAUUGACUGUGACGUCAUAAAGACCAGUAAAUUACAAUAUUGUAACGCGGCAAACUCAAUAUUUUUGGUCGCGUCAAUAUGAUAUAUCCCUCAGUACCUACUUACCUAUCCCUGCCGAAUGAUUCCGAACACGCGAGACGCGGGACGCGAGAGGGGUAAGAGCCCGAUCGUAAAAUCGAAGUAGAGUCCAAUUGAGUGCGCCUGCGACCGCUCUAAACGCUACCCGCGCAUUCGUGAGGCUCAAUGCUCCGAACGUAUAUUAAAAUGUACCUACCUAUGUUAAUGUACGAAUGUUAAGUGCCAUUAGUAAAUCGUCUAUGUCCCAUCAAAAGUUGUUUAAUUUACAAUAACAAUCUCGUAAGGGUCAGUGCUCGUAGAAGACCCCUUACAAGUGGCGUCCCAACGGUGGGCAAGAUCCAGUCGUGAACGUCGUCCCCGCGUGUUUUAAUAAUACCUAUCCCUUUGUGAGAUGCCGCCACGAAAGGAUAGAGCGAGGAAGAGCGACGACGAAAGUGCCGACGAAUCAAUGGCAACGGGUUCUACAGUUGUGACGAUGACGGAGCAACAGCUGGAAACUAUUAUGACAAAUAUAGCCAAAAGCCAAGCAGAGACGAGCCGACUUUUGAUAGAGAAUAUUCUGGCAACACAACGUACCGGCUCAGGCACGAGUUCGCCGAUGAUGGCACCGCCUGCAAAGCUGGGAAGUUUUGCGAAGUGCACCGCACGCUUCGAUGGCACAAUUAUGGGUUCUGCAGAUGAGGCCGACGUGUUGGAAGCUUUCAUCGACGCCGUUGAAACCUAUAAGGAGUGCACGAACGUGAGCGACGAUCAUGCACUUAAAGGGUUGCCUAUGCUUCUCACCGGCAACGCAGCGGUUUGGUGGCGAGGUGUGAGGGACAGCACUCCAACGUGGAACGACGCGCUUCUACGACUACGAGGCGUGUACGGUGUUCCGCGGCCCGGAUACAAAAUAUUUCGCGAAGUGUUUUCCCAAGUGCAUACAAGUGAACGCGCGGAUAUUUUUGUAUCUCGUAUUAGGGCGUUAUUAAGUAAAUUACCGUACGUUCUACAAGAAAAUGUGAAAAUAGACAUUGUGUUCGGUUUAUUAGAUCGGCGGAUAAGGAAGCGCGUGCCUCGCGAAUCCGUGGAGAGCAUAGACAGGUUAAUGGAGAAGGCCAGGUUAGUUGAGGAAUCAUUGGCGGAGGUAAGUACAGUUACCAUUCAACAUUCCAACCCCAAAAUUCCCGAUGUCCAACUUAACCCUUCAAACAGCCACGUGCCCAUUGUUAACCCUUCCACUGCUGACGUGACCGAAAAUACGUACGAGACGAAUUUAAAAAAUUCAUGUAGUGAUUCAGAAUUAAACUUAAUAGAAAAACCUAAUGAAACCGUUAAAGUUAAACGCGCGAGACCGAGAUGUGGAUUUUGUAAAUUCUUCGGCCACAAAACUAGUGAUUGCCGAAACCGGCCGCGAAUCGACAGUCAAUCGGACUGUCAGACUCCGGAUAGACUGGAGGACACCAAGAGGGCCGACGUGCGCUGCUAUGGCUGCGGUCAGCUUGGGACGAUCAGGUCGAAGUGCGACAGGUGUAGAAAGUCAUCGACUAGUAAUGUGCAGUUUCACAGUUUAGAGGUAGGCGGCGCAGAUAGCUCGCGACCCGUAGUAACUGUAGAGAUCGCUACACAUAAAGGUACGGCUACCUUGGACACUGGCGCUACACACUCGAUUGCCAGCCCUGGUCUGUAUAAGUUGUUAGUGCAGGAAGGAAUACAGUUUACCGAAACUCACUGCACCAUAGGAUUAGCCGAUGGUACACAUCAGGUGAGAACAGCAUUAACUUGUGACACCGUUGUCAGUCUAGGUACACGGGAUAUACCUACAUCGUUCAUUGUAUUCCCGGAUGCUGAUAAUAGGACUUUGCUUGGAACAGACUUUAUCAUCAAGGCUAACUUAAUUCUCGAUUUAUCUCGAGGUACCUGGAGUUUCAAGGACAAACCCCAGAAGAAAUAUUUCUUUACGAAGGUCAACGACUUGCACACUGCUGAUGAUGCAGAGCUGAUGAAAGUCUAUCCUUCGCAAUUUACCCUGCGUGAUGAUGAAGGUACGAGGUUACCAGGUAAUCAGAAGGUGCAGCUGGACUCGUUGCUGAUAAGGAAGGUCUAUCGCAACGCUACGGAUGGCCCAGCGAACGAUUACCCUGAGCAUCAGAUGAAGGUGAGUGAAUCGAACGCUUCACCCCCGUACCUGCUCUCGCAGAAUAGGAAGAUUAAUGAUACGCGAUCUCGUCCAUCGUGCUUGGAGCAAUCCGGAUGUGACCUCUGUCUCAUCGAAGUCGAUUUGUCUUCGAGAAGUUCUCGUGAUAUUCGGGAGAACCAACCCAAAGACCCUACGCUUCAUAAGAUCGUUGAAGAUUUGGAGAAGACCGACGAUCCGUUAAGGGGGAGGCGUUAUUCUGACCGAGGUUAUGUUAUGUCCGACAGUAUUUUGUACGAGGUAGAGACGAGGAAAUCCGCUGGAUUGAUGAAAACGCCAGCGACGACCCAACGAUCCAAAGUUUCAGCAAAGAAGCGGCAAGUAGCCCAGAAGAAAAGUGCUGAUGAAGGCCAACGUCCAGCUCCAGAGUAUGCGGUAGGUAACUUAGUGAUGCUCAAGACCCAAGGAGCCCAUAGAGGGCAGGCGCCAAAGCUGAUACCCUGGAGAGACGGCCCCUAUAGGAUUAAAGAAGUUGUGAGUCCCACGACGUACUUAUUGGAAACGGUCAGGAACCACACGACUAUAGGUAAGUAUCAUACGUCUCAGCUGACCGCAUUCAUAGGGGACGUACUGCCGCCCUUCAAGGAGAAAAGGGAAAAGGGAAGGCCGAGAUUAGGAAAGGUAAAAAUUCAGACGCAGGGACGCGAUGUAAUGAAUUUUAGGGGGAGGAUGUAACGCGGCAAACUCAAUAUUUUUGGUCGCGUCAAUAUGAUAUAUCCCUCAGUACCUACUUACCUAUCCCUGCCGAAUGAUUCCGAACACGCGAGACGCGGGACGCGAGAGGGGUAAGAGCCCGAUCGUAAAAUCGAAGUAGAGUCCAAUUGAGUGCGCCUGCGACCGCUCUAAACGCUACCCGCGCAUUCGUGAGGCUCAAUGCUCCGAACGUAUAUUAAAAUGUACCUACCUAUGUUAAUGUACGAAUGUUAAGUGCCAUUAGUAAAUCGUCUAUGUCCCAUCAAAAGUUGUUUAAUUUACAAUAACAAUCUCGUAAGGGUCAGUGCUCGUAGAAGACCCCUUACAAUAUUACAAUUAA